ACAUUGAGAAUAUCGUAAUACUUCGCCUGCGCAGAUGUUUGGGGAGCACCUGCUGCGAAAGUUGAGCUGUCUAACUAUGAAGAGAUGCAGCAGCAUCAACCAUGGACGUUUGUUUCAUGUGGCACAGAUGGUUUUUAUCGUUUCGUUGGGGAAGCGAAACUGGCACCCUAAGCGCGGCUGUUUCGAGUGUGCAUCUCGAGUAGAAGGCUGUCCUGAAUGUGUCAUCGGAGGCGUCAUCAGCCGUUUUCGAUGCCACCAGAGGCGUCGCCAGAUGCUUUCGGUGUCGCCGAAGGUGUCGUCGGAUGCCUCCGGUGUCGCCAGAGGAGUCGCGGGAGCCAAAGGAGUCAUAGGCAUUGGAGGCAUCAUGAUGUGACACUUCUGGUGGAGCCGUAGCGUAGCAAGAUGUUUUCGGCGCUGUUGAAAGCGUUGUUAGGGGCUUUCGGUGCCGCUAGAGG